GUCACGUGGCACACUCGCGAACAACUACGGGAACAGAGUGAAGAAGCAAAGAUAAUUUCGCGGUGGCCGUUAAAAGAGAGAGAUAAUAGAGCAAAAUGGCAGCGACGGCGACGGCGACCGGAGUAUUGAAGAUCGGCGUUCCGGCACCAGCUCCAGCUCCAGCUCCGCCUCCGUUAAAGGCAAAAUCAGGAAGGCAUCCAACGAAUUUUGCAAGCCUCACAAUGCGCUAUCCAAAUUACUUUCUCAAUACGCGGAUGAAAUUUCCUGCCGUUCGAGCACUUGGACAAGGAGGGAAUCCGAGCGGCGACGACGACAACGACGCCGGCGGUUUCAUCAAUCAGGUUCCAUAGCAGGGGGAUUUGGAAUAAAGUAUGGAAGCAUAAUAUUUCCAGAGAUAACCAAACCCAACAUUGUACAAGCACUUAUCAUGAUAUCAACUCCUGUGGUUGUAGCAAUAUGGCUUUUGAUCAAGCAAAGUCGUGAAGAGACACAAAGCUAACGAUCCACUGUCGUUUUUACAAGAUGAUGAAAGGAUUUUAACCAUCCAAAAAUUUGUAAAAGAAAAAAAAGUUAGAACUUGUAAAAGCACUAGAAAUUGAAAACAGAUGAAACACUUUAUAUUUUUGUGUUGCUCGAUAAGAUGCCUUACACUAUUCAUAUUGCUCGGACUGUCAAUAUUUGAUUGAUUAUCAGUUGAAUAAAUUACAAGUUUAGUUUUUAAAA